GUAGAUAACACACAAUCUUGAUCAUUCCUGGGCGGGUGGGAUAAACAGUCGUUAUUUUGUUGACACUUAGGCUGCUUUUUUUUUAAAUCGGUUUUCGUUUUUGAUACAAUUGUAGGGAGCGUUGUCUUCGUUCGAUAAUCAAUUCGUUUGUAUCAAUCAGCGAUGGUUCAUCCGGGGUUGUUGAAAUCUGUUUUAUAGUCAAUUCGUGUGAAUUAAGGAUACAGCAACCAGCCAGGACUGAUGUUGCAUAGGCCUGCCUAGUUAUUUUAGUAUGUGGUAAACUGUGUCGAUCUAUAAGCUGUCAGGCUACAUGUUAUGCCUUUUUAUUGACCGUCUACAGAAGCUUUUUUUCAACCUUUCAACCUAGAGCUAUUGUCAUAUCUGUGUUAAUGGGGAAGAGUAGAACAUACGUCAGUAUAGGAUAUGCUACCUUUGGAAUGCUGGUUGGAUUUUCAGCUUUUUUGGUCUGGAACAUAGCAUACAAACAACCAUGGACAGCGGCAAUGGGCGGAUUGUCAGGUACAGUAGCGGCAUGACACCAGCACAACAACAUAGGACGACGGACUUGUAGUUAAAUGUGAAUUUCACCACAAUGUUGAAUAGCAUUGUCAAUGUCCUCCACUACUAUGUCAGUGCAUACAAAUCACUCAGCUAGUACAGAUGAUUGGCAUGAGCCUGUUUGAUAUUUCUCAUGGUUUCUGUAAAAUUUUGUUUUUGUGUAAUACUUAACUGUAGCAAAAACAUUGCUCAAAGAUCUGCCCUGAUUAACUAAUACUUGCGUACAACUUUUGAACUAGUGUGUGAAUUGAAUAGGCUGAAUAGGCUAACUGUUUGCAUCAUAUUUUGCAUCACAACCUUUAUUAGAGCAAGGACCCCUCACAUCUGGUUCACCAAUGGCUUUUUCUGUGAUGGUGCUCCCUAACUUAGCACACUGUGACUAUGCCCUAGUUCAGUCAUGAUGAGGUCUCACAGUAUGCCUGCCUUUCUGGAGAGUAUGAUGAGGUAUUCCACGUUUCUUCCCCCCCACAGGAGUGCUGGCAUUCUGGUCCCUUGUCACCCACGUCAUGUACCUGCAGGACUACUGGCGCACAUGGCUGAAGGGACUCAAGUUCUUCAUCUUCGUUGGAGGUCUCUUCUCCAUACUAGCUGUGGUGGCCUUCACUACCUUCCUCACCCUUGCCAUCACACAGAAGCAAUGUGAGUCUUUCUCUCUUUGGCUCAUACUCUCUUAUAACCCUAACAGUAUCAUGUCACACAUUUUAAAUGUGAUAGCUAUAUUAUAUGUUUAUUAUUUACCUUAAUGUAAAGUGUUACCCAGUGAAUUAACCUUUUGGAAUAUUUCCUCACUGAAGAACGAUAAUUUGUCCUGAUGCAGAACAGUUCAUAUAUGUUUUUUAUAAUAAUAAUCCAAUCAUUUACUACCAGCAUCCUGAUAAUGUCUGACCCUGGCUGUGACCCCACUCUCUGAGGGUGUCUCAGGGGGAGUUGGGAUAUGCAAAAAAACACAUUUCCAAUUCACACAUACGUAUAAUACACACUUGUACAUGUGUGAAACAGGACAAAUAUAAGCACCCACCAAAUUAUGAUUAUUAUAAUUUAAUACCUGCAUUCUGUCUCUCUUCCUCAUUUAGAUUCAUUAUUUGCAUGCCAGUGCUCUAUACUGCAUGUGUGUAUGGUUAGGAGAAUUUGUACUGUGUAGAGAAAUGUUUUGACAGGUUUUCUCUCCCGUCCUGUAGCUCCGACUGACCCGGGGAGCCUGUACCUGUCGUGUGUUUGGAGCUUCCUGACUCUCAAAUGGGCCUUCCUCCUGGCCCUGUACUCACACAGAUACCGCCAAGAGUUUGCUGACAUCAGCAUCCUCAGUGACUUCUGAUUAUACCCUCCAUGUUACCCUUCAUACACUUGGUAGAAUAUUUUGGGAAAAUCGGGAACCAACCGGCGGCAAAAGAGUUGGUGAAAAAUAGUUUUGGACCAAACAGAGCACUGAGAAGCUGGAGUUGCUGGAUAAGACUUUUUUUGACUUUCAUUUAUUAUAGUUACACACUCCGGACAAGCUUUAAAUUGUCCUCAAACCCCCGCUACUACACAUACAGUAACAGCUC